AUGAUAUUCGAUAUUCUUCUACAAGCAGGUCUCAUACUGGUAGGGGUGUUCAUGUUUCUAGCUAUGCAUAACAUCCCUCAAAAAUUCCUCUCCAAACUCCGCUACCGCAACCGGGCCGAUCUCCAAGCCAAACGCCACUUCGUUCGCGGCGCCCAGUUUCUCUCUCAAGCCAGAUCGCCCUCUAACUCCCGCUCCACAACAACCUCCUUAGCCAAACAAGCCGAAGACGAAGCCAACAAAGCCAUCUCUCUUGACCCCAAAGACGCCGCGUCUCACAUUUUAAAAGCGUUAUCUCUCGAUCUGCAAGGGUACAGGACGUCAGCUCUGGAAUCGAUCAACGUGGCUUUGUCGCCGCUGGCGGUUAAGUCGUUGAGCGAGAGCGAGAAAGGGGAUGCGUUGUUUAAGAGAGCUGAAUUGGCGAUGGGGAUGAGCCGGCGCGGACGAGUUGACUCGGCGAUUGAGGAUUUGACUCAGGCAGUUAAGUUGAAUAAGGAUAAUGGAAAAGCGUUUUGUUUGUUAGGUGAGUGUUACGAGGUUAAGAAAAUGAAAGAUGAAGCUAAAGAGGCUUAUGAAGAGGCUUUGAGGUUGCAGCCUGAGUUGGCUUUGGCUAAAGAGAAAUUGGAUCGCUUGGCUUCCUAA